AUGUUAUUUCCAAUGUUUUUUUCAACAUUUUGCUUAAAUGUGUUUGAGGUAAUUCUUCCAUUAAGAGAAACCCUCAAUCAAUUAAUGACUUUAAUGGACAAAAGGAAAUUCAUCGAUAUUCAAUACAACCAAAGUGCUGAUUUAGAAUGGAUUAAGUUUGUAUACCAAAAUAAUAUAUCAGUAAUUAUUGUUUUUAGGCAAAUAAUGCAAUAUUAUAACAGAAGUGCGUGCUUCGAAGUGCAUGCAAUAUUAAUUCAUUCAAACACUCAUCAAUGCUUCGAAGUUGUCGAGUUAUUGUUGUUGGUGAUGUUGCUUCAAUGUUGUUGUAGUUGUUGUGAUGUGUUAGAAAACAUGGCAUCCAUGGAAGAAGGAGAAAGAAUUCUCAAGAAUCUAGUAUAUUGA